AUGCAUAUUUUGUCAUCAGCAGAGUCGCACUGUGUCCUCCCACCGCAAGUGUCUGGAGGAGCGGAGGACCAGGAGGAAGGAGCAAGAAGGAUCCUCUGCACAGGCUGCCCCGUGGGUUCUGCAGGGCCCUUCUUCCUGCGCUCCCUGCAGGGGAGGACCACAGACACACUGUUCUGCCAGCUCUCCGAGGGCAUCUACCUGGCCAAUGGGCACAUGAGCAUCAGCCUGGUCACGGCCAUCGCUGUGGACCGCUACAUGGCCUGCGUGCGGCACCCACUGUGCGCCCGGGGGCUCCGCUCCCCGCGGCAGGCCGCGGCCGUGUGCACGGCGCUCUGGGUGCUGGUGGCCAGCUUGCUGGGGCUGCGCUGGGCCCUGGGGGCGCAGGAGGGCGGCUUCUGCUUCUCCAGCAGCUCCAACACGGCCUUCUCACUGCUGGGUUUCUUCCUGCCGCCGGCCGUGCUGGUCCUCUGCUCUCUGCGGGUGGUCACCGCCCUGGGCCAGAGGCCAACCGCCAGCCCCGACCAGGCAGAAGCGACCCGGAGGGCCACCCACAACCUGGUCGUGUUCGUGGUCUGCUUCCCGCCCUUCUGCGGCGGCCUGAACACCGCGGCCAUCCGCUACGCCUUCUGCAGCACGGGCGAGCUCUCAGAUGCCAACUGCUGUCUGGACACCAUCUGCUACUACUUCAUGGCCAAGGAGUGGGAAGCAUCUUCACUGGCCUCGAUGCCCACGGCCAAGGUCCACAGAACCAGAACUCUCUCUAUGCGGCCCUCGCCUAGGAGACCAGUCGUGGGCACGUGGGCCAGGUCCCAGGCUCUCUGGGAGGUCCUGCCUGCUGGGGCAUCCCUGAGCUCGCUGUGGCCACUGGGCACGGUGCAGGGGGCCUGGCUGGGUGGAGAGGACCCGGCCACAGACCCCGCGGUGGUGUCACCCCGACCCCUGGGAUGGAAGAGGGUCGGGACCAGGGCAGGAGGACUGAGGCCUGAGUGA